AUGUUAGUAAAUGUACGAAAUUCCAGACAGAUUGGUUGCCGCUUCUCCACGAUUGUAACAUCUUCCUUUCCCCUCACCAUCAACGCCGACAGAAGAACUCAGGGACGAGUCAUUGUGAAUAGAAUUCGAGGAAGUCAGCAUGUAAACCCAGGUGGCACGUGCAAAACGACAUUGCCACUUCACGAUCACAUCAACAAUCUUAAGGCGCACGUGACGGAGCGCUCGCUCACAAUGAGCAGCUGGAGGCGGUUUGCAGCAGCGAUUGCGCGCGCCGACGGUCUUAAACGGGACAUCACAGAUGAGCGAGAGCUGCGUCGUUCGCUUGAAGAGGCAGUUCACAUCAACCUUGUUGUCACUAGAGAUGAUAUUUGCAUGACACUCGGCCGAAACUCAAGCAGCGCGAUAGCGACUAGACGCAGAGACUAUUGGUCACGAAAAGCCAUUCUCGAUCUCGUUGCUGAAUACCGCUAUAAAGGUCACCGGUGGAUCGAUCAAGUGUGCUACAAGAUGUAG